CGUAUUGGUUUUCACCGUGACUGGCAUUACUUGAUGCUAAUUGCUCCCGUAGACCUGCGGUGUUCCGUUUGCGAGGACAGAAUAAGUUGCUCCAGAUGGCAGUGGCCUUGGAGUUUAUAAUUUUUUUUUAGAUUUAGACGUACUCAGUUCCUCCCGUGCUCUCCUCCUUUGUGCCCGAACACGGCUCGGAGGCACGCCUGACGUCGCGCGUAUUGCGUGCAGAGAGAGGUGGGGCAUGCGGCUAUGGCUGCUUACGUGAAGGCCGGGGAGACAAGGAGAACGUUCUGAGAGUGGAAUGUCUCGGGGUUCGAGGUUCGGGAACGUGGAGCGGAUAUGAGUAAGGAAACCAGCUUCUUGGCCCUGUGGCUCCAGGCAGCCGCUGCUUAUCCUCGUUAUAUCUAUGAGUAACAGCCCAGGCGAUCAGUCCAUGAACCCCCAGCUACCACAAUAGUAACCGUCCGGCGUCCUUUCUGUUUCCUUCAUCUAUCUCAAACCAAUUUACAUAUACUGGUCCACAAACAACAUAGGGCCGGACAGCAACAGUAGAAGCAUGGCAAUAACUCAGAAAGAAAUACUGUAUAGCAGCUGGAUAUUGGUGAAAGGGACAAUCCGAUUUGCAUUUAUGGUCAUCAACAAUUUGGUUGCCAUUCCAUCCUAUGUUUUGUAUUUAUUAGCCCUUCAGCCUCUGAAAUUACUAAACAGUAAACUGUUCUGGCGUAUAGAAGGAAUAAUGUUCAAAUGGCUACUGGCUAUGGUGUCUUCCUGGGGCUGGACAGCAGGAUACACAGUGGUUGAAUGGGGAGAUGAUGUAAAAGCAGUUACCGAAGAUGAAGCGGUAGUCUUGGUGAACCAUCAGGCGACAGGUGAUGUCUGCACCCUCAUGAUGUGCCUGCAAGACAAAGGAACGGUAGUUUGCCACAUGAUGUGGCUAAUGGAAUAUAUUUUUAAGUUUACAAACUUCGGUAUCGUUUCACUCAUCCAUGGGGACUUCUUCAUUAAGCAGGGUAAAGCUCACCGUGACAAGCAGCUGAUCCUUCUUCGGCAGCACUUAGAAAAGUACUACAGGAGCCGGGGCCGAAAGUGGAUUGUAUUGUUUCCCGAAGGAGGUUUCCUGCGGAAGAGGCGAGAAACCAGCCAAUUAUUUGCAAAGAAGAACAACUUGCCAUUUCUAAAACACGUGACUCUGCCUCGACAGGGAGCUACUGAAGUGAUCUUGCAAACUCUGGGUGCACAGCAUGAAAAUGGAGCAAUUGGUGAUGCUAGUGGUCAAGUGGCCAAACACAAAGGUCUCCAGUGGGUCAUAGACAUUACCAUUGCCUAUCAUAAAGCAAAGCCAAUAGACAUUCAGACGUGGAUCAUUGGUUACAGAGAACCAACCAUCACACAUGUUCACUACAGGAUCUAUCCUAUUAAAGAUGUUCCUGUAGAGAGUGAGGCACUUACCAGCUGGCUCUAUCAACGAUUUGUAGAAAAAGAGGAACUCCUGGCACACUUUUAUGAAACAGGAGCAUUUCCACCUACCAAAGGUCAGACAGUGGCGACUUCCAGACCUAUGGUCCUUGACUCAUUCUGGCUCUUCCUAGUACAACUAAUGGGAUUUCUUUCUGGCUACAUGUGGUAUAAUGUUCUGUACUAUUUGUAUCACUGCCUGGGGCUCUAGGAAUUUUGAAAACUAAAACAUUGAAUUAGGAUAUGAACUCCAGUGUUUGUGUCAGUAUCCAUGCGUGAAUACCAAUAUUUCUUGAAUGAUGAUAAAGAAAAGAAGAAUGGAUUCAUUUCCUGUCAUGUUCAGUGAGAUUUUUAAACUCAAGUCUAAAACAUUUAGUUCACAUCAUGAAGUCUACAACUUGAUGUUAAGGGUUCUGACGAGUUUACGUGUUCAUUAAGCAUCCGCACUGUUUAAUUAUGCUGCAUAUCCUCAGAUGUCCUCUUUUGGAGGGAUACUGCUGAAGAGUAUUUCAAUCUAUUGCAGUAAACGUCACAUCUUUCACCAUUGCUUCAGAUGGCAAAAGUUGCCCAGAGAUGAAUCUCAAUGGAAGAAGCCCACAUCUACCUAUUACACUGAUGAGGAACCUGUCAGAGCUGCCACAAUUUUGUCUGGUGUUGGCAGAGGGAAGUGUUUGUUUCCCUAAGCAGUUAUUCAAUAUUUUGUUUUGUGAUUAAUUAAAAGGCCACUUUUAAAGCAUGGUCUAAAGCAUCUAAAAUUCUAGUGAGUGCAGUUCAUUAAUUGUCAAUAAUAUUUAUAUAGUUACUGGUAAAAUAGUUAUAAAAGCAGAAGUAAUGUUUCAUUCUAGUUCUAGUACAUACAAUGCAGUACAUCUGAGUAUGGUUUAGUUGAAAUGACCAAAUAUGGUGAUACAGCCAAUCAUGUAGUAUUUUGCACUUGGUAAGAAGUUGCUAGUUGUAGUUAGUAAAGAAUUACAGCUGUAACGUCACAGAAUAGCCAGGCUGUUGCAUAGCAUUAAAUAAAUGUUAUGAAAGACUUGACUUAAUGGACUAGAAACAGCAAAAAAAUAAGUUUACAAACUAGUUGAAAGUACAGGUCAUUUGAUUAACAUUUACUCUGUUCCUUUAUUGUACUCAGAUUCUGGCUGUAUCAUUUAUUGUACACCCUCUACUGUGUAUUCAACUUUUGUGGGUACAGUAUCACUGGAUUGUAUGAUAUGAUGCCAAUCAUUUUUAAUUGUGUCGAUCAAUCUGAGUCUGAAGUUUCAGCAGGCUAUUUAUGGCUGUUGAAUUUGUUAUUUGGAAGUUAUGACUUGAUUUUCAAAAGGUGAGACAAAAAAAGUGUUCAGAUUUGUCUAAUUUAAGUUCAGUGUUUUAAGUUUCAAUUAGUAGGCUUGUGACAUGACAUAUAGACAGAUGUUUUGCUGCCUGUCACUGGAUUCUGCCACCAGUGACAAGUUCCGUUGUUCCAGAGGCAAUUCAGAUCAGGAAAAUAAGCUCACUUUGGAAAAAGGGAAACGCAUGUGAAUAUACAUGUAUAUUUGAUGUCCGAAGGUAGACACACUGGAUUAGUUAGGACUCUGAGUAUGAUAGCAUGUGUGAUACAUUAAUGUACCCCAUGAGUUAAAAAUAUAAUUAUCUCUGACAUCACACUGGCAAAAGAAUUGUCAGUUGACAGUUUUUAAGAAUUACAGUCUAAAUUCAAGGAAAUGUUUAUGUUUAAGUCCCUCUUCUGCCUAUUUUUUUGUGGGGGAGGUAGGAGCUAUCUGUGUUCAUAUGCAUUUCUGGGAACACAUAUAGUGGGGUGUUGAACUGUGGCUUGUUCCUAUAUGUACUCUUUUUCAUGCCGUAUGUGCUACUGGACAAGUAUGAUACAGUUUGUGUUGAAGGCUGUGGAUAGCCCUCUCAACAUUUUACUGGGGAAUUAGACACCAUGGAGGCCACAUUUAAAAUAAAAUACCCUGUUUCAAUAAGCCAACAGUUUUAAACUGCUGAUUUGGUAACUGGUCAGCAGGAAAACUGUAAAUGAAUAUGAAUUAUUAAGCAAAAUAUUUAACUCAGAAUUUUGAACAAACUGCUUUAUUUUGAAACUAGAAGCUCAACAGGAUGGGAAACCGUUAUGCUAAUUAAGGAUGGUAUAGAAUAGUUUUAAAAAAAGAUAAAUUAUAGAAUAUGCACAGCAGAUGGUGAUAUGUUGACAUCUUUUCAAUGAAAUGCAUCAAAUGAUGUGAUUACUUUUUCCAAUAUUCCCUGUAUUUUCUGUAAGGAGGCAAUUUUUAACUUUAGUUGAGCACUGACGUAAACGUGUUGGAUCUUGGUUAUAUCUAAAUACAAAGAAAAACAGUAUUGAACUGAAUUGUGUGGUCAGUGUAUUGGCCUUGCUUGUAUACUUUAGUUUCACUGUUAAUUGUUGUUUCUUGGGCUAGUCUGAAUUUCUUUUAGUUCUAUCAGAUGCACAUUAUUGAUUGUAAGUGUGCAGUACGAACGCACAGAUACCAGAAAUAAAAUGUUGCUGAGAUCUACAGGUAUCUCUGUACUAUUAUCUUAUAAUUUUGAGAGCGUCAACACAUGACAGAAUAAGUUCAGUAAGUCUAACUUGCUAAAACUUCUUUAUAUUUGGCUAUUGUAUAUGUGAUGUGAGGUUCUAUCACAUUCUGCUAUUUUUAAGUUCUCAAAUAUCAAGUUUCCUGUUUUAACAAAUAGGAAAAAAAGUUUAUUUGUUUAUAUAUGCCUCUGUCUUCUCUCAGUUGGUGGAAUAGAUAGAUUUUAGUUUAGAAGCAAUAUGACCAUUUUUGCCAUUAUUUAAAAUUUACUGUGGAAAUCUUUAAUGGAAUUGCACCAGGUACAAUCUUAGCUGGGUGCUGUUCUCAGCAGUGAGACUGCAUUAAAAGACAAUGGUACAAUUAAAUAAGGAGAAAGCUGAGGGGUGCAGAAAACAUUGUGACAACUCACCUGCAUCAACUGUGAAUGACUUCUGUCUAGUUUUUGUAUGCCAAGUACUUGCACUCGCACAUCAGUCAUUCAGCACACUUCAUCCUAUGUAUUUGCAAUUGGUUAACAUAGACUAAUGACACCCAAAUUUAAGCAGAGUAGGCUCUAUCAGUCCUCAUCCCGAAUGGAAGCAAACCAAUAAAACAAAAACUGGAAGUGAAUCAGGCAGCAUCUCAGUGGAGAGAGAAAUGAAGGUACCAUUUUAGUUCAGUAACCUAUUGGAAUAAACUUGUAGUUUUCUAAAAUAAUCCUGAAACAAAAGUAAGCAGGCAGAACUUUUGGAGUAGUGGCUUAUCUUUGUCUUUCAUCUGCAGGGAUUGCUGGCCUGUGUAAAUUGGCAAUCAGCAGUGAUGUUUAGAUUGCUCUUCAUGCCUAGUUCCUAGGUGCCUUGAAAUGGGUCUUUAUACUAUCCCACCCUGCAACACUGGCGUGAGGAUGGCUGCCUCAAAAUCAGUUCAGGAAAGACAAUAAGACAAUCUGGAAGCAUGUGCAGGCAGCAAGUCUGUAAAAAAUGCAAACUUAUAAGAGCUAUUAAAUGAAUAAAACUGGCUGGUAGUAGUCCUUCAGAAAAGAAAAUUGAGAGCAGUUUAAGCUUUUUAUUCAUUUACCCAGAUGAAUAGUAAUCAUCAUCUUCUGAAUUUCACUGAGAAUUGGCCACCCUCCAAUUUACAGGUUUUUCUCAUGAGGCCUGGGUUUUAAUAGAAAUUGGGAGUGAGCAGCAGAAAGAUCUCAGGAGACAAAGAUACAUUUAACAAGAUGGGCAACUUAAUGUUUCCAUUUGUGGAAAGACUGCAAUGAAGAAAAUGUCUUGUAUCUGAUGUAGAGUUUGUCUAAUUUUGUAAAAGUGCUCUUUUCCAGUUUUUGACUUUGCAAAGCGACAUUGUUAUCCCAUCAGCAUAUUUGUACUCGAACAAUUGAGUUUUAUUUCCUUGGGGUUAGAGGGAUAGUGGGAUAGUAAUUGAAAUUUCCUUCCCCAACCCAGCACUGGCUGUCUGUGAAAUAUGCUAUUAAUGCUCGUAGUUGACGGUAUCUUGUGAGGUUUAGAGUUAUGAAAGUUAAUCUCUUGAAAGAUCCAAAACAUUGAUGGAUAAAUUUGAGUUGGGCUGUAUCCAGGCAUGCAGCAAUUCAACGGGGAACAUUCAAAGAGACAGAACGAAAUAUUUCUUGAGAGGGCUUGCCAAAUCUGGAUCUGUUUUCCAAGCAACUUAAUGGGUGAAUUUGUAAAAGAGUUAAUGCUACAAAUCUGAAGCAUAUGAAUUUAAAUACUACUCUUUAUUUUUUAAAAGUUCUGCACAGUUGACAGCUACGUUCUCAUUUUAUCCCUGCCAUGUUAUCAUUAAGUAUGCUGUUUACGAUUUUAAUCUCACAACAUGAAUUUGACAAUAGCCUUCGACCAGUUUAUUGUCAAUGUCAAAUUGCAAAAAUUCUUGAUAAUCUUUGUACUUAAUUGUGUUCACUGUUUUACAACUAUUGUGUAUUACAAUAUGCACAGAAAGGAUAUUAAUAAAAUAAUGCAUUAAAAAC